AUGUCUCGCUUCGUGGAUGUGUCCACUGCGCUCUCUGCGCAGGGCAGAGUAAGUGUCAUUGGCGUCGUAGUCGACGUCUUCGGUGGGAUUUGGAAGUCUAGAGGCUCGUCCAGCUGUAUCACCUUUACCAUCAAGGACUCAGGUCUUGACAAUGGACAUACAUGGGACGGGUUGAAAAUAAAAUAUUUCAAAGACAAUGAGAGCCAUUUACCUCCCGUCCAAGUACGCGAUGUGAUCCUGAUACGAGAUCUGUGGAUAAGAAAUUUUAAAGGAGACCCGCUGGGAGUCGCUGCCCAGGAUAGAGAAGUACCUUGGGCAAUCUUUCGCUUGGACCCGGAUCCCACGUCUAGUCCUGCACCCCUUUGUGGCCCUACACACUUUGAACCAUCGCCUUCGGAGAAGAUACAUGCUCUUAAUUUGAUGAAUAGCCUCCCUGCGGUCGAUGGCUUCCGCAAAGCCCCAGCCCAGGAUACUCCGCGUGGCCCCUAUAUUGUCCAGGCUGCAAUUCCAAAUUCCAAGCCUUAUCCGCACAAGAAGCUCUCACUUGUCAAGGAUAUUGUAGAGCGAAACUAUGUUGAUCUCGUUGGGGAAAUUGUCAAGAUCUAUACCAACGACAGUGAAAAGGUCGUCCUCUAUUUCACCGAUUACACGGCCAACGAUGGUCUCGAAGACCGCCGAAUAGGCGCUGCCGGUGACAAUGACUUUGGCACUGAAGGAGAUGUCUACGGUUAUCAAAAAAAACCCAAGAAGAAAUGGACAGGACCUGUUGGACGAAUGACUCUCACAAUCACCCUCUGGGAACCCCAUGCGUCGUAUGCACGCCAACACCUAAAGAAUAACGAUCUCAUCCAGCUAUACAAUGUGCAUGUCAAGCGCAGCCGCAUCAAUGGGAUCUUAGAGGCCAGUGUUCACACAAACCGCACGAAUCCAAAUUCAGUGAAUGUACAUACCUUGGACCGUCGCAAAGAUACAUUUGUCGAGCAAUUUUUACAGCGUAGGACGGAAUACUGGAAAGCGAAUCCUCGGAAGCGGGAACCGGAAAACGAAGCCCAGCAAGUUCCCAAGAGAAGCACCAAGAAACAGCGAAAGAGAGCCGAAAAGGUGGAAGAAGGCCAAGUUCCCAUCACAGCAGCAAGCAGCAAGCGAUAUGCACCAAAUGAGAACAUCAUAGCCGGCAACCCGUCUGUUCCUACAAUGUCCCUCGAAGCGAUCCUCUCAAACAAACUCCAUGACAACAUCUCAUAUAACAACAUACAGUACCGCUUCCCUUUCCAGAAUUUCUGCUACCGAACCACAGUUCGUGUGGUCGAUUUCUUCCCCCCACGACUGGAAGACUUCUCCGUCCCCGAAGACUCCUCCGGCGAGGGAACCUCCCAGAGAGACCCCGACCGGUUCAUUAGAUGGGAGUGGCGCUUUUGUCUGCUCGUGGAAAGCGUCCCUCCUCCACCCGCAGGCCAAGCAAAAGAACAGAUGAGGUUAUUUGUUGCUGGCCCGGACGCGGAGUAUCUAUUGGGAUUAACUGCAGUCGAUCUAAGACGAAACCAACACGACCUAAAAGAACUCCGAGAAAAGCUCUUUAUUUUAUGGGGCGACCUCGAGGAGCGCAAGAGAGCGGCCCUGCACGACGGAAAGCAAGACAUAGGUCCAGUUUCAUGCAGACCUUUCAAUUGCUGCAUUCAAGAAUAUGGUGUCCUCUGCAGACAUCGCCCUGAUACGGAGAACACCACCACUAAUAACGAAGAUGACGAGAAUGGCUGUAGCCAUGACGACUGCUUUGGCUGGGAGAGGCGCUUUGCUAUGUUCAUGACUACUAUAUCGUAA